AUGUCUUAUGACCGGUAUGUGGCCAUCUGCCACCCCCUCCAUUACACUGUCAUCAUGAGCUGGAGAGUGUGCAUGGCCCUUGCUGUCACUUCCUGGUCCUUUGGAUUUAUCCUUUCUAUGGUACAUGCGAUUCUCCUGCUGAGGCUGCCCUUUUGUGGGCCCCAGGAAGUGAACCACCUCUUCUGUGAAAUCCUGGCUGUCCUCAAACUAGCCUGUGCUGACACUCUGCUCAACCAAGUGGUCAUCCUGGCAGCCUGUGUUUUUGUCCUAGUCGGGCCCCUCUCCUUAAUGCUUGUCUCCUAUGUGAACAUCCUCUGGGCCAUUUUGAAGAUCCAGUCUAAGGAGGGCCGCAUGAAGGCCUUCUCCACGUGUUCCUCCCACCUCUGUGUGGUCGGGCUCUUCUUCGGUAUAGCCGUGCUGGUUUAUAUGGCUCCAGAGUCUAAUCAACGAGAGGAGCAGGAGAAGAUGCUGUCACUGUUUCACAGUCUCUUUAACCCAGUGCUGAACCCCAUCAUCUACAGCCUGCGGAACACGCAGGUGCAGGGUGCCUUCCACCGGGUUUUGAGGAAGAGCACCACAGGAGGCACAGGUGGAUAGAAUGUUGGCUCAGAAGCGCCCUCCUCCAAAACACACGGAUUGCUGAAGCUCAGGAAAAUUGCUGAUUAGAAGCCUGCUGUAUAAAUGGUUAUUGCACAGAGUUU